AUGGCUCUGGCAUGCAUGGCUAUCGGCUUCUCUAUGCUAACUGUUGCUGUUCUUGGGAUAUUUGUGAAACACCAAGACACUGCCAUUGUCAAGGCCAAUAACCGGACUCUCAGCUACAUCUUGCUCAUCUCCCUCAGCCUCUGUUUCCUCUGUUCCUUGCUCUUUCUGGGCCAUCCCAACACAGUCACCUGCAUCCUGCAACAGGUCACAUUUGGAGUAGUGUUCACUGUAGCUGUUUCCACAGUACUGGCCAAAACAGUGACUGUGGUCCUGGCCUUCAAGGCCACUUCCCCAGGGAGAAAGAUGAGGUGGCUGCUGGUAUCAGGGGCUCCAAACCUCAUCAUUCCCAUCUGCACCCUGAUCCAGGUGACCCUCUGUGGACUCUGGCUUAUCUUCAAGAAAUAUCAGUUUGUUUUGGCCUUGGUUUUUGCUAUUGAAGAGAUCAACAAAAACCCUGAUCUUUUACACAACUUCUCUCUGGGAUUUGAUAUGUAUAAUAUUCACUUCAGAGCUUGGACAAUAUUCAAGAAUCCCUUCACUUGGUUCUUUGGGAAGUACAAGAUUCCAAACUACUCCUGUAUGAGAGAAAGGAGGUCUAUAACAGUACUUACAGGACCAUCAGGAAUAACAUCUGAACAAAUUGGGACGUUGCUGGGACUCUACAGAUUUCCACAGCUUACCAUGGGGCCUUUUGAUCAUGGCCUGAGUGACCAUCACAAGUUUCCUGCUCUCUAUCAGAUAGCCCCAAAGGACACAUCAAUAGCCACUGCCAUGGUCUCCUUACUGCUUUACUUCUGCUGGAGCUGGGUAGGACUGCUGACCUCACAGGAUGAGAAUGGUUCAUGGGUUCUUGCUGAAUUGAAAGAAGAGAUGACCAAGAACAGAGUUUGUGUGGCCUAUGAGCUACUGAUCUCAAGCAAAGGCCACAGAUGUAGAGCCCCAGGGAAUACUUUUACACAUGACUUCUGGGGACUCACAGGAGGCUUUGAUGAAAGGUCCUUGGCUGGCACUAGCUGCUUCUCUACUAUGAAGCACCGAGCACACAUGGAUGGAGACAUGAUGAUCACUGGAUUGUUCCCUCUCUACACUUUGGGAAUUGAUCGCAGUAAUAGCGAUUCUUCCUGGAAUGAAGACCACACACCUGAUCACUUUACUUUACAAUAUUGGCCUUGGUACAAGGAUUUCAAUGUAAAGUUUGUCUUCAAGAACUAUCAGUUUGUUUUGGCCUUGGCUUUUGCUAUUGAGGAGAUCAACAAAAACCCUGAACUCUUACCUAACUUGACUCUGGGAUUUGAUGUCUAUGAUGUCCAAUUUGGAACUUGGAGAAUAUUUAAGAAUCCCUUCAUUUGGUUCUUUGGGAAGUACAAGAUUCCAAACUACUCUUGUCUGAGAGAAAACAGGUCUAGAGCAGUACUAACAGGACCAUUUGGAAUAACAUCUGCUCUCAUUGGGACAUUGCUGCAACUCUACAGAUUUCCACAGCUUACAUUUGGGCCUUUUGAUCAUUCCCUGAGUGACCAUCACAAGUUUCCUGCUCUCUAUCAGGUGGCCCCAAAGGACACAUCAAUAGCCACUGCCAUGGUGUCAUUAUUGCUUCACUUUACCUGGAGCUGGGUUGGACUGUUCACUUCACAAGAUGAGAAUGGCUUGUGGAUGCUUCCUGAGCUUAAAGAAGAAAUGGCCAAGAAUAGAGUUUGUGUAGCCUAUGAGCUACCAAUAUCAAGCAAAGGCACUGAACAUAUAGUCAGAAUUAUGGCCGUUUAUAAUGAGAUAAAUAAAUCUUCAGCAAAUGUCCUCAUCAUUUAUGGUGAUAAUGAAUCACUAUUAGAUUUAAUGCUGUUUGUUGAGCAAUUUUUAAUAAAAGGCAAAGUUUGUAUCAUGAACUCACAGUGGGAUUUAAUAACGAGGAGAUAUUUUAUGCUAGGCUCAUUCCCUGUACCUCUUAUUUUCUCACACCAUCAUGCAGAUGUUUCUGGAUUCACAGAUUUUGUCAAAGCUGUUCACCCUUCCAAAUACCCAGAAGACUUUUUUCUUGCAAAGCUGUGGUUUCUCUCUUAUAAUUGCUCAGAUGCUGACUCUGACUGUGUAUCAUGGGACAGUUGUCCUCGUGAUGCCUCCUUGGAUUGGUUGCCUAGGCACAUUUUUGACAUUACCAUGUCUAGAGACAGUUACAAUAUAUACAAUGCUGUGUAUGCUGUGGCCCAGGCUCUCCAUGAGAUGCUUCUUCAUCAAACAGAAGUUCAAACAAUGGGAAAUAGAAAAGGGACAGUGCAUUCCCCUUCAAAGCUGCACCCUUCUCUGAAAAACAUCCAAUUUUACAACCCUGCUGGAGAACAAGUGAUUUUGGAUGAGAAAAGGAAAUUGGAGCCAGAGUAUGACAUUCUGAACAUUUGGAAUUUUCCAGAAGGUCUUCAACUGGAGGUGAAAGUUGGAAAAUUUUCUCCAUAUGCUCUCCAUGGUAAUCAACUGUCUUUAUCUGAAGAGAUGGUAGAGUGGGCCAUAGGAACUACAGAGACUCCUCACUCUGUCUGCAGUGAGAGUUGUGGUCCAGGAUUCAGGAAAUCUCCUCAGGAGGGAAAGGCUGCCUGUUGCUUUUCUUGUAACCCUUGCCAACAGAAUGAGAUCACUAAUGGGACAGAUAUGGGCCAGUGUGUGAAAUGUGCAGAUCAUCAGUAUGUCAACACACAGAGAAAUCAGUGCCUCCUGAGAGAUGCAAGUUUCCUGGCUUUUGGAGAUCCCUUGGGCAUGGCUCUGGCAUGCAUGGCUAUCUGCUUCUCUAUGCUAACUGUUGCUGUUCUUGGGAUAUUUGUGAAACACCAAGAUACUGCCAUUGUCAAGGCCAAUAACCGGACUCUCAGCUACAUCUUGCUCAUCUCCCUCAGCUUCUGUUUCCUCUGUUCCUUGCUCUUUCUGGGCCAUCCCAACACAGUCACCUGCAUCCUGCAACAGGUCACAUUUGGAGUGGUGUUCACUGUAGCUGUUUCCACAGUACUGGCUAAAACAGUGACUGUGGUCCUGGCCUUCAAGGCAACUUCCCCAGGGAGAAAGAUGAGGUGGCUGCUGGUAUCAGGGGCUCCAAACCUCAUCAUUCCCAUCUGUACCCUGAUCCAGGUGACCCUCUGUGGACUCUGGUUGGGGACUUAUCCUCCCUUUGUUGACACAGAUGCACACUCUGAACAUGGCCACAUCAUCAUCCUGUGCAACAAGGGCUCCCUCACUGCCUUCUACUGUGUCCUGGGAUUCCUGGGCUCUCUGGCCCUGGCCAGCUUCACUGUGGCUUUUCUGGCCAGGAACCUGCCUGACACCUUCAAUGAAGCCAAGUUCCUGACCUUCAGCAUGCUGGUGUUUUGCAGUGUGUGGGUCACCUUCCUGCCUGUCUACCACAGUGCCACAGGGAAGGUCAUGGUGGCUGUGGAGGUCUUCUCCAUCUUAGCCUCUGGUGCAGGACUCCUAGGCUGCAUAUUUGCCCCAAAGUGUUACAACAUCUUGUUAGUGCCAAAUAAAAAUUCUCUGCAUUGUUUCAGUGAUAAAAAACUUAGUAGGAGAAACAAGCAUUCUUAA